AUGGGAUCAUAUGAUCCGCCUCCCAAAGUCGAUGAUCACAAAGACUUCAAACGAUAUCCUUCUGUUAAUCUGGACUUGUUCAUGUUCAUUAACUUAUCAAGACCAACUAAGUUGAGACAUUCUCUAUAUACAUUUUCAAAUUCUUUGCAAGAUUUUGAAGCUCUAAAAUCUGUUCAUGUUAGCAAGAUGAACUACUUACCACAGCAGCCAAAUUUCAACUUCAGUAAAGCAUUCAUCUUUCUUCUCUUCAUCUCAGUUGAUGUUACUUGCCUUGUUCUCGUCAAUGAUACAAAAUCCAGUGACCGGCUGGCGCUGAUUGCUUUUAAGAACGAAGUAACUGAUCCACUCGGAACACUGAGUUCAUGGAACAGCAGUGACAAUGAUUAUUGCAAGUGGAGAGGGGUCAAUAAUUUCGGGGGUGAGCUACCCAUCUCCAUAGCCAAUUUCACAAAAAAACUUGACAGACUAAGUUUUGGAAAUAAUCAGAUAUAUGGAAGUAUUCCAGUAGGUAUUCAGAGUCUUGUAGGUUUAACGUCAUUUGUUUUUGCAGACAACAUGUUCACAGGUAGUAUUCCUCCAGGCAUUGGGAACCUUCAAAAUCUGAGAGAAUUAGAUAUAUUGAUUAUUAACUUAUCAAGACCAACUAAGUUGAGACGUUCUCUAUAUACAUUUUCAAAUUCUUUGCAAGAUUUUGAAGCUCUAAAAUCUGUUCAUGUUAGCAAGAUGAACUACUUACCACAGCAGCCAAAUUUCAACUUCAGUAAAGCAUUCAUCUUUCUUCUCUUCAUCUCAGUUGAUGUUACUUGCCUUGUUCUCGUCAAUGAUACAAAAUCCAGUGACCGGCUGGCGCUGAUUGCUUUUAAGAACGAAGUAACUGAUCCACUCGGAACACUGAGUUCAUGGAACAGCAGUGACAAUGAUUAUUGCAAGUGGAGAGGUGUUACAUGUAGUCGUCGUCAUCCUAGUAGAGUCGCUGUGUUAAACCUUGCAUCCCUAGGAUUGUUAGGUUCCAUUUCUCCCCACAUUGGAAAUCUUAGCUUUCUUAAGACUCUCAACCUCCACAACAACAGUUUAAGUGGCAACAACUUAGUCGGAUUUCUCGAUUAG